AUGAAUCAAUUAAAUAAACUAAGGCUAGAUAUAGACGACAACAAACACGACAACCAAACGUGUCAUAACUGUGUCUCCGCUCUAAACAAUGCAAAACUGGUCAUAAAAAGUGCGGAUUUGAUGAAAUCCACGGCAAAUACUGUAUGUAAAACAGUGGUCGACGAGACCGAUAGGGUAUGUGUGGGCACAUUGACAUCGAUGGCCGAACCCAUAGUAUAUAUACUGCAAAACUCGGCAAUUACUGUACCGGAAAUGUGCGGCGUUUUACUACAUCCCGAUUGCAUGACUCAUACGGGCAAUGAAAUCUCACACGUGGUCAAUUGGGUACUACCACUGCCACAUCCAAAACCAUUUAACCCAUUGCAGUCUGUGAUGAGUUUGACCAGUAAAAUGUUACACUUGACAGACAUUCAUCCGGAUUUGUACUACACGCCCGGCUCUAACGCCCGGUGCUCUGAACCCAUGUGCUGCCGGAGCACAUCAUACGGACACAACCAAUCGGCCGGCUAUUGGUCAGACAUGUCGGCCCUAUGCGACGCACCAUGCACGUUUGUGAGCCAAACCAUGCGGCACAUUGCCACCGCGCACCGAGAUCUAGAGUUUGUGAUUUGGUCCGGCGAUAAUGUGCCCCACGAUGCUUGGAACACGUCACGCCAGCAUAACCUAGAUCAUAUUAAAGCGAUGACCACCAUGGUCAAAGAGGAGCUGGGCGACAAGCGCAUUUUCCCGGGCGUAGGCAAUCACGAGCCGCACCCGUUCAACAUGUAUGUGCCCUUAGAGGCAGCGUUGAUGUCAGAGGGGAAUCACUCGAUGGGUUGGCUGUACGACACUCUGGCCGACAAUUACUGGAGCCAAUGGAUAGACACACCGGAGGCCAAGCGAUCGUUCAAAAAGGGCGGCUAUUAUUCCAUACAAUACACGCCGGGACUCAAAAUAAUUGUGUUGAAUAAUAACGUAUGCAUUAAACGUAACUAUUGGUUAGCCUACCAGCCCGUGGAUCCGGACGAUCAGCUCCAGUGGCUAAUCGGACAGUUGGACAGCGCCGAGACUGACGGCUCGUACGCUAUGCUAAUUAAAAGGUAUCGCAACGUGAUCACCAGCACUUACCAUGGUCAUACGCAUUUUGAUGAGAUACAAGUGUUGUAUAAUAAAAACAUCAGCACUGGUCAACUCUAUCCGGUGUCUCACGGAUAUAUUGGCUCCAGUUUGAGCACAUUCAAUCAUGAUGCCGCUGUUAAUCCUGGCUACAAAAUAUUUACCCUGAAUAGUAAUGGAAAGCCUUUAGAUAUUGAUAUUUAUUACACAAAUAUAACGGCCGAUAACAUUGCGGGCCAACACGUGUCGCCCGUCUGGCGGUCAGACGAGUCGGUGAAACGGAUGUAUGGCUUGCAGUCAUUGACCACCGAUUCUUGGCAUCAGUUUCUGAUGAGAGCCCAAACGGAUGACACAAUUAUUGGCCAUUAUUUUAAUCAUUUUCAUAGAUAUAGCGAUCCGUUUGUUAUGGAUUUGAAACGAAAGGUCAUGUCAGUAUUUUCAAGCGAGGUGGAAUUGGCAAAUUAA